AUUUGUAUCUAUAAUAUAACAAAGCAAAAUGGUACACGUGAAUCCUACAAAUGUUCUUAAUAUGUUAAUUCUUUCAUUCCAAAUUUCAAAUAUUCCACAAACACCUGUAAAUAACAAAGAAAUAGAAUUACACGAUACUAUAAAGCAUAUUAUACAAAAUUCAAUGGAUGAUAUAUCAUUUAUGGUACAAACCGAUACUACAUUAGAAUUUGAAAAUUAUUGGGACUCAAACUUAUUCGAAGCAGAAUUUGUCGCGGAUGACGAAAUAGAAGAACUUGAAGACAAUGAUGAAUAUGAAGAAGAAGAUAGUUGUACAUCAGAAGAAGGCGAAAUUAUAAAUAUUCACUAUAAAAGGAAAGCUGUCGAAUUCUGGAAAAGUGGAAAAAAAGGACGUUUUACUUUAUCAACAGUGCAGCACCGUUUUAGAAAGGUAAAGUCAUUACCGCAGCUAUACCAGUGGGAACAAUCUCUACAAAAAGGGGGUACUCAUAGAGAAAAAUUAUUACACAUUUCUGGAUACGUCUUCAAAAAAUUCAAAUACGCUAAUGAAAAAAACAGUAUUAUUCAUGAUUUAGAUUUGCAACGAUGGGUGUUAGAAGCAAAAGAAGAAAUUAAUCUUCCUCAUUUUAAAGCAGGAGCAACGUGGAUAUUAAAUUUUAAAAGAAAGCAUGGGAUAGUGUCAAGAAAAAUAACAAAAUUUAUAAACCGUUCAUCAAAAACAAAUCAAGAACAAUUACAAAUUGCAUGCCAAGAAUUUAUAAGUUCUGUGAAAUCAUUUAUAGAUCUUUUUGAAUUACAAAAUAUAUAUAAUGCAGAUGAAAGUGGUUUCAAUUUGGAGAUACAUUCAGGCAGAACGUUAACAAACCAAGGUGUUAAAACAGUCGAAACCAUAGUUCAAUCACAAUCAGCAAUUACACACAGCUACACUAUUAUGCCCACAAUUUCUGCAAGCGGACAAUUACAAUCACCUCUUUAUUUGGUAUUAAAAGAAGCCAGUGGAAGUUUUGGACCACGCGUAGAAGAAACUUUGUUUAGACCUGCAAAUGUUUAUAUCGCAGCAUCAAAAUCAGGAAAAUUAACUACACAACACUUUCAAUCUUGGUUCAAAAAUGUAUUUUUACCUUCAACUGGAAGUUUCAGUGUAUUAUUAUUAGAUUCUUGGAGCGGUCAUUGUCCCGCUAGUCUACAAGAAUUUAUGCCAUCUAAAGAUAAAGAUGUACGGAUUUUAACAAUACCAAAAAAAACCACAGGAAUGAUUCAACCUCUUGACGUGUAUGGAUUUAGAAUAUGGAAAAACUUUGUGAGGACAUUUAGUGAUCGAGUUACAUUGUUAAAUUAUGAUAUUAAUUUACAUUUAAGAAAUAAUAUCAUUAAAUUACAAUCGUUAACUCAUAUACAGCUGUCCUCUCCACGAUUCCAUAAUCUUUUCAAAUAUGCCUGGUUUAAAAGUGGCUAUAUCGAAGAACAGCCGUCAAGGUUUGAAAAUCCAGUCGAUUUUUGUUUCUCCGGAAAAGAUAUACAUGAAAUUCCACGUUGUUCCACAUGUGGUGAACCUGCUGUAAUACGUUGCUCCUGGUGCAUGAAGUAUUUCUGCAUGUAUCAUUUUUUUGAAGAAUACCAUAAUUGUAAACACUACGAAAUAUAAGAAUUGUUCACAAACUCUAUGUAUAAAUCGUAAGACAGAAGGACGAAAUAAUUUUUCCAGAAUAUUAUACAAUAUAUCCAAAGUCCUUCCAGAACAUGCUGAAAGUACACCACCGCAGACAUUUUAGGAAUGGAAAUCAUACUCCUAUCAGGAACUCUUUGGCAUGUCACCUAAUGGAUCCGGACCAAGAAGUCUGGAUAUAAAUAUUUUAUAUUAUAUUAUAUUAUUAUAUUGCUAUAUUAUAUUAAUAUUAUUUACUCUUUCUCUCUCACUCACAUCAGCAUGCAUUUACGUGC